CUACUACCCCUUUCGAGCUACCCCUCGAAGGCCACCCACUACCCCGCACUGCCUGUCCGCGCAUUCGUCCGGGGGUGGCGGUAAGUUCUCGCGCAGCCAGUGCCCGCGCGUCUCUCGCGAUCGUCGGACCGCGCGUACGUAAAACGGGGAGGUUCUCGUCGUCCUCGUCGCGCGGAUAUUUGCGCGCGUAUCUCGCAUACUGGUCGAGAAAAAUUGCCCCAUCUAAUGCAUCGGAAGUAGGUUCGAUGCUCUCCUGCGAGUGGAUACGGAGAGCUCGGAAAAACUACGACGCGUCGCGGGAUGUUUUCGAUCGUUCGACGAUCGGAUCGGUCGGCUCUUGCGAUCUCGAAAUUCUUUGGAGAUCUGAACGGUGAAGGGUGAGCGCGAACUUGAAGAGAGUUCAUUGCACCGCAUGAGUAACAUAGUGUUUCUAGCGCGGAGAAGAUUUUAGCUUCGAAGAAGUUAAAAGUGUUGCGCAAAUCGGAAAACCGAGUUUCACGAUUUUUUGAAAGAAGCAAUCAAUCGAUCGAUCGUGGACUCAAGCGUAGAAGAAGCGCAUUCCUGAAUCUCUAUCUGCUUUAAGCACUGACGCGAAUAACGAUGAAGUGACCAAGAUGAUGCGAUUUUUAUAGACGCGACAACAAAGAACGUAUGGGGGGCUUUAAAAUCGGGAAGAACGAUAAAAUGGUUAAUCGUAUGAAAAUGCGGAGAUGAUCGCGAUGACUCUAUGAGGAAAGUGCAUGGUAGAGCAUAUCAAGGAUUAAAGGAGACAGUAUGUUAGAAGCGUCGCGGUGGUUCUGAACCGGGUCGAAGUGAACGAAAAAAAGAGUUUCGCCUUUCCUGAGGGUCGUUGUUGGCUAUCAUGUUGUGUUGGACGAGUCUCGUGAGAUGCAUCGAUAUCUACUACAUCGCAUAGACGAAUGUCGAACACGCACGGAAGAUGACGGUCAUUUAAGAAUCUCCUCCGACGUGUGCGACGAGUUUCCGAAGAUGUGCAGUUUGGUGUUGAAGUGUCGGUGAAAUCGGGGCAACUUCCCGUACCUAUGAUUUCCUUUCCUUUCCCCCGUCGCACUUUGUCUUACGGAAAAUCCGCACGAACGAUGUCAUAGUCGUCCAAGUGCGAAUUAUCUUCACGUUGGACACGAUGGCACUGUUGUUCGUCAUAAUCGUCAUUUCGAUCACCACUGCCAUGUCGCUGCCGCCGGUCAUUAGAAUCGGAGCGAUCUUCACCGAGGAUCAAAAGGAUAGCCCAUCGGAGUUGGCAUUUAAAUACGCCAUUUAUAAAAUCAACAAGGAUAAAACUCUAUUGGCGAACACGACAUUGGUUUACGAUAUCCAAUAUGUGCCUAAAGACGAUUCGUUCCGCACGUCCAAGAAAGCCUGCAAGCAAUUAUCCAGAUCGGUGCAAGGCAUCUUCGGGCCGUCUGACCCACUUUUAGGAGCUCAUAUACAAAGUAUAUGCGAGGCACUGGACGUUCCUCAUCUCGAAGCGCGGGUCGAUUUCGAGCCCACUUUCAAAGAGUUCAGCAUUAACUUAUAUCCCGCACAAGAUCAUCUUAACAAAGCGUUCAAGGACCUUAUUUCUUUCCUGAACUGGACUAGAGUGGCUAUUAUCUAUGAAGAAGAUUACGGGCUGUUCAAACUGCAGGAUCUGGUGAAAUCCCCGCCAUCCGUGAGAACUGAAAUGUACAUUCGUCAGGCAGGUCCUACAUCCUACAGGCAGGUCCUACGGGAGGUCAGACACAAAGAGAUUUUCAAGCUGAUUGUCGACACAGAUCCGGCGCACAUGCAGCAAUUCUUCCGAGCGAUAUUGCAACUACAAAUGAACGACUAUAGAUACCACUACAUGUUCACAACCUUCGAUAUAGAAACAUUUGAUCUAGAAGAUUUCAAAUAUAAUAGCGUGAACAUGACAGCCUUUCGCUUGGUGGAUCUCGAAGAGCCCAAGGUUGCUGAAGUACUCAAGCAGAUGGAACGUUUCCAACCCGCGAUUGGACAUGCUAUUCUGAACAAAACGGGAGUUAUUCAGGCAGAACCAGCUUUGGUGUACGAUAGCGUACAGGUUUUCGCGCACGGUUUGGCAGCUCUGGACCGUAGUCACGAUUUAAGACCAGCAAAUCUGUCCUGCGAGAAAGAGGAACCGUGGGACGACGGUUUAUCACUCUACAACUAUAUUAAUGCCGCAGGCUUACACGGACUAACCGGACCUAUUGAAUUCAAUGAAGGAAAGAGAAAUAAUUUCAAGCUGGACCUCCUGAAACUGAAAAAAGAGGAGCUCGUUAAAGUCGGCGAAUGGAAAUCCGGGUCUGGCAUUAACGUCACGGACCUAGACGCCUUUUACGAGACCACGACGACCAACAUUACGCUCGUGGUGAUGACGAGAGAGGAAAGACCCUACGUCAUGGUGAAAGAAGACAAGAAUUUGACUGGUAACGCGAGAUUCGAGGGAUUCUGCAUCGAUUUGCUCAAGUGGAUCGCUGGCCAAGUCGGUUUCCAAUACGCAAUCAAAUUGGUGCCCGAUCACAUGUACGGGGUGUACGACCCCGAGACGAAAGAAUGGAAUGGAAUCGUGCGUGAACUCAUGGACAAGAGGGCAGAUCUGGCGGUUGCCUCCAUGACGAUUAAUUAUGCUAGGGAAAGCGUAAUAGAUUUCACCAAGCCGUUUAUGAAUCUCGGAAUUGGAAUCUUAUUUAAGGUGCCGUCCAGUCAGCCGACACGGCUUUUCUCCUUCAUGAAUCCGCUGGCGGUCGAGAUCUGGCUCUACGUGCUCGCCGCCUACAUGCUCGUGAGCUUCACCCUUUUCGUGAUGGCGCGCUUCAGCCCGUACGAGUGGAACAAUCCGCAUCCGUGUCUGGCCGAGAGCGACGUGGUCGAGAACCAGUUUACCGUCAGCAACAGUUUCUGGUUCAUCACCGGCACCUUCCUCAGGCAGGGCAGCGGGCUCAACCCUAAGGCAACUAGCACGAGAAUAGUAGGCGGCAUUUGGUGGUUCUUCACGUUAAUCAUCAUCUCCUCUUAUACCGCAAAUCUGGCCGCUUUCCUAACGGUGGAGAGGAUGAUAACGCCGAUCGAGAAUGUUGCUGAUCUCGCGGAACAAACCGAGAUAUCUUACGGCACUCUGGAGGGUGGAAGUACGAAGACGUUCUUCAGAGAUUCAAAAAUUGGGAUCUAUCAGAAAAUGUGGAGGUUUAUGGAAUCGAAGAGCCCAUCUGUGUUUGUUCAAACCUAUGAAGAAGGAGUAAAGAGGGUCCUGGAAGGAGACUAUGCAUUUUUAAUGGAGUCAACCAUGCUCGAUUACGCAGUUCAACGCGAUUGCAAUCUGACACAAAUAGGGGGUUUGUUAGACAGCAAAGGAUACGGAAUUGCUACUCCAAAAGGUUCGCCCUGGAGGGAUAAAAUAUCUCUAGUUAUUCUGGAGCUGCAGGAAAAAGGUGUAAUACAGAUCCUCUAUGAUAAAUGGUGGAAGAACAUGGGCGAUGUAUGCACCAGAGACGACAAGAAUAAGGAAAGCAAAGCUAACGCUCUCGGAGUUGAAAAUAUUGGCGGUGUCUUCGUUGUACUGCUCUGCGGUCUGGCACUGGCGAUCCUGGUAGCGAUCCUCGAGUUCUGCUGGAACUCCAAGAAGAAUUCUCAAUCGGACAGGUCUCUCUGUGCCGAGAUGGCCUCGGAAUUGCGAUUCGCCGUCCGUUGCGGUUCCCGGCAGAGGCCCGCUGCGAAAUCACGCAAUUCCGCGGCCGCCGGGCUGUGCGGCCGUUGCAGCCCGCGUUCCUCCAGGAGAAGAACGCGCCUCUGCUCCUCCGAACAUGAGGAGACUACCUACAUACCGAGCAUCGAGAUCCCGCGAUUAAAUGCAGGAGGGUGGUGCGUUGUCGAUGACGGAGAUGAAGAAAUCAUUGAGCUUCGAUCAGGUGUCCCAUGGCGGGAACACCUAGCACAGGCCUCGUCCUCAUCUUCGUCCUCAACAGCAGCAGCAGCAACAGCAGCAACAGUCGCAACAACAGCUACCGCCACCGUGCAAAGUCACCCCCACGCACACGCGUCACACGCACUGCCACUCACAUUCACAUCAUCACAGCCACCAUUCGCACAAACACCAAGCACCUCCGCCGAGACAGAGACGGGGCUCUUCGGGCAUCAUCUUGGGUCAAGGAGGUGACCACCCUGAGAAUAUUCUCUGGAGAUUCGACUGCGACCUAGCGGGUGGUGAACCGGACGUAGUAAUUUCCCCGCCGCCCCCGCCGCCACCGCCACCCUCAGUAACGGUCUCGAGGACCACGACCCUUUGACCAAUACUCGAAGAGGUACCGACAGGUGUGCCUGUCCAAAAGGAACUGCCCACGCAGGCCUCGGUGGUCAUCAACGUGAUAGAUCAGAAAGAGACGUGCUUAUAGCACAUAUAGUCGCCGGGGCGGGUUGGUAAACCGCAACGAGGGCCAUCCCGCGCCGACGACGAUGUCAAAUCAUCGAUCGAGAGCGUGCAAACGAGAAUCUGAGACUGAGGUCAAUUGGACGAGAAUGCUGUGAUCGAAAUUAGUGUUUCUUUUUCGCGAGAUGCUUUAAGAAGCUCCGAUAACGCAUUCUCGUAUCGUUUCAACAGAACUAUGGUAAAUGGGCGUGUGAUAUAGCUAGCUCGUGUGAUAUUCUCGGAGAUUAAGCAAAAUCGAGAUUACACCCUGGCACGUAUGAUCCCGCGUGUAUCCGCGAAGAUAUCGAUGGAACCGACACGUUGAUGCAAGGACGUGCGCUCUAAUCGGGAUAAUGGAUGGAAACUAUGUGGUUGCUCACGUGCAACUGUUUGUACAGGCAGCAUCAACGAAACGAGUGGAUCGCGGGAACUAUCGGGUCUGCCGGUCUGUGAAGACAACGGAAUACUGUUCGUAAACAACGCGUAUCUCUCUGUAGCAUACGUCUGACCAACGAAUCGAGGCCGGAUCCGUAUCAAAUUGAAAAGUGCUAGUGCGUGAAUGUCACGGAUCAACCGGAAUAACGGGAACUGCAUAGAAAAUGAAAUGCCAGGCGCAAUGCUAGUUGACCAGGAAUUGCUGGUGUUUCGAAAUUCCCCGGGGCAACGGUAGAAUCGAGUGGAAAGCCGGACAUUUGUUCGAAGUAUCCAACCGGGCCAGAAACCGUCCGCGACGGAACGCGAGCCGAUAUUAUAGCCGAAUUUCAAGUUAAACAUAUCGAAACGGAUUUAUAAGAUCGACAAAGCUUGUUAAAUCGACUGGUUUUCACAUAUAGAAUUAUAUCCCACCCGUACUGCGAUUUGUAGGCUAAAAACUAUUCGCGGGAACCAAUAAAUAAAUCAUAAAACAUCAGAUUAUCCAUUGCAAAAUAUCUAAAUAUUCACAAUUAUCUCUUAACUUAUUGGCAGUAACAUGUAAUCGAUAACUGAGAUCAAAAUACGGUCGUAAUUGCGAUUUUGCAAUUCUACGUGUGAAUGUGUAAAUCGCAGGAUCGCUGAUAUAGUCGCACGCUAACGCCAAUGUCUAUUGGAAUGCAGUUUCCAGUGACAAUAAUUUCGGACGCAAUUUUGCUGCAACCAUAAUAUUCACGAGGUAAAUAUUUUACCAUUCGUAAUCUCGAUCAAAGAUGCAAACCAGACAGAACCAAUAGACAAGUAAAUGAUCGUAGGCUACGAACGGCUAAAUAAAACUCGCAUGUAACUCGCGACAGCACGAUAAGCGCAGGGCAAUAAAACGGAAUGGACAAUUGUAUCGUAUGACUCGGACCAAAUUCGAAUUAAUAACCACUGCCAGAGUUUAGCCUAAAAAAAUGCCAUGCGUCCAAUAACUUCGAGUAAAAAUGUGCGGGUACAAAACUCGAAUUUACAGAAAGUAAAUGCAAGUACUGCUUAUUGUUACGAAAAAUUUACAGCAUUAAUUAUUCAAAUGUUACUUCUAAACUUAUUGAUGAAAUAUAAUUAGUGAAAAAAAUACGAUUAAUAGUUAAUUAAAAAAUUAUGUAUUGUUGCUUACGUCAGAAAUCAGUUUUAAUGAUUUAAUUAGGGAGAUAAAAAAAUUUAAAGUUCGAGCUACAACAAAGUCAACAAUACGUUGACAAAAGAGUUACAACAAAUAUAAUAUAUAAAUUUUUAAUAAUAAAUAAUAAUAUAUAUAUUAUUAUGUGUGUUUGGUAUAUAUUAUAGAAAAUUACUUUCACUACAUUGAGAGUAGCAAAUAAAUAAGUUAGUGUAAAAUAAAUCCUUUUUAAGAGAAAUAUUGGCAGCCCUCUAUAAAAUUUGCGUUUGCAUUUGUAAAAAUCAGUCAGAAAUUGAGUCGUAAGAUACUUCGAAUGACAGGUAAAGAAAUACGAUCACACUGGCAUCUCUAACUCUCCCUUCCUGUACCAUAAAUAAAACAUACUAACUGUUGAGAAGUGGUUUAUAAAUCUUUUGUAUAAAUGUAUGUGCAAUUUAUAAAUACACUUAUAAUGUAUAUGUAUAAAUCUGUAUAUGUAUGUAUGCGUCGACGUGUGUACAUAUAUACGUACAUAUUACGCACCCGUGCGCUAGACGAGAAAAUCUAUGAAGCGUGCAAAUGCGCUAAAAGAUCUAGUCGUAUUUUGACACAAUCGAAUAGUUUAUUAUCAUACUGACGCGUGUACAGCGAGUGUUUUUCACGAGAAGAAAAGGUAAAGUAGGUUAACUCUUCGACAGUUUUUAGCCAUACGUUGCGACGUUCCGUAUUGUGAACAUUAUUACGUGCGUGUAUCGCUGUUUGUUAAAGAGAUUACGUCGUUCAGCGAAUUUAUUGAUACGUUAUGAGCCGUUAAAAAAGAGAGAGAGUGAGAACAAUUCUACAAGUAUGUAUGUAUGCAAAUAGUUAACAACAAAUGUUGCGUUUACGAAAAAAAUGAUGAAGGAGAGGUAAAAAAACCGUAAAAGUCAACUAUACUGCCAAUAAUAACAAACAAUUUGCGAUACACAUUUUUAAUUCGAUAUGUUUGUACGACUACACUAUGCAUCUGCAUUAUACACAUGACAUAGUUAAAAAAAAAAGGUGGAAGUUUAAUUUAUCUGAAUCAUUAAGGUCAUUAAUAACAUUCGUCACGGAAUUUAUUAGCCCGAUGGUUCUAUAUGUAUAUUUGUGCGAAUAAUGUAUAAAUUUUCAGUGGAGCAAAUCUAUAUCAUAAGUGUAUGCAACACGACACAAUACUUCCAUUUUUGCAUAAGAACUAUUUCUAUACUCUCACUUUCAUGAAAAUUUUCUGAAACAUCCAAAAACAGUUGAAUAUUAUUAUUAUACAUAUACGAUUAUCACUUUGUUCCGACAAAAUCAUUCACUUUUUCGUUGCAUAAAACUGAAAAAUUGGCGCGUUAGUAAUAAAACUCUAGUCAAAAGAAAUGUUUAUGAAUGUUUAUCAGCAAGAACAACUCGACACUUUCUCCACAUCGAAAUAAAA